AUGGGUGCUAACUCUACUUUAGUAGAGCAAGUUAAAGCCAAACAAUUUGAUGACCCUAGCUUGCUUAAGCUCGAGGAAGGUGUCCUCAGUGGCAAGAUUAAGAAUUUUGCACUUGAUGAGAAUGUAAAAGAUGCCUUGAAAAAGGUGAGACUUAUUCAGGAACGACUUAUAACAGCUCAAAGCCGACAAAAGUCAUACUCUGAUAUAAGAUGCCGUGAUCUUGAGUUCAAAAAGGGUGACUAUGUAUUUUUAAAGGUGUAUCCAAUGAAGGGUAUCAUGAGGUUUGGUAGAAAAGGGAAGCUUAGCCCAAGAUAUAGAGGGACUUAUCCAAUUCUUGAAAGGAUUGGGCUUAUGGCGUAUCGACUAGAAUUACCUCCAGAGUUAUCUUCUGUGCAUCCAUUUUUUCAUGUGUCCAUGCUGAGAUAG